GUAUCGAAGUACGUCAGUCUCUCCGUGCUCGAUCAGCGUUCAACCGGAUCGUUCGGUCGGAACGAUUAGAUUGACUACAAUGAAAAUUGUCUAGGGCAAUAAGUGUUCGCCUAUUACCGGUGAGGCCGAUCAUACUCCGUUCGAGAAGGAGAUCAACGAUCAAUCGUACGAUGACGACGUGGAAUUGGAACAAUGAAUCACGACGCAAACUUUAAUUCCUCGAAUCAUUUCUCGUACGCACACGCGUAUAAACAGUCGGACAAUUUUUGGCAACGGAAGUACACCAGAUUAUGCUAAAGUCCGACGUUCGUCGGUAAAACCCUCCCUUCCAUCGACUUGUCGGUCUGGUAAUUAUUUUCUAUCGAAUCGCCAGUCGUUUGAAUUAUCAUUUCGGUGCCAAUUGGAGCACGAUGGAAGUAUACGUAAAAGACAUUCGUUAAGUUCGUAGCACGUGAAGAUACGAAACUGAAAAUAAACUGGCGUUGAUAAAAAUUUAUCUCUCCUAGCGAAAAGGUGUUAAAGAAACAUUUUCCUCCCUCCACCGACUGUCGUCGAUACAUUUUCUGACGUUAGUCAUCGCCAGAGCUUUUCAGCGGUCUGUUUUCUGGAAGUCAUUCAAAAAUUAUAUCAUCCUUUUUUUAUACGUACGAUGUGGAAAAUGAUUGGCAAUGUUUCCCCAGAUUACACGCUAUCGUUUUCGCGAGUAAAUAAUCUAGAAACAGACGGGUUCCAUGAGUAAGAAUCUUUUUAUUAUCAGAAAAUUCUUGCGUCGGUAGAUAGGCGUCGUUUUUAUAAAUGCCGCCUGUGCUUCGUAACGUAGGAACGUUGAAUGGCGUCGUUCAAAACCUGCGUCGACCAAACUGCGCGAAGAGAACGUCGGCGUCGGCGUCGGCGUCGUUACGUCCAUCGUUACAUUUAGCAGACGACAAAGACGUCGCCCGCAAGGCCCACAAAGAGUUUCACAUGAGCGAGUGAGGUUACUUCCAAUCUCGUUUUUACGAAUUUAAACGUCGUAUACCAGUUGAUUUUCGUUCGAAAAUCGAUCGAUAAAUUUGCCGCAUGCAUCUCGAACCGCGAUUGGUCAAUUUCAAUUCGCCAUUUGAAUUUCGACGCUACUUGUCAGCGUUUCUUUUGUUUCCACCCUACCCUACUACCCGGCAUGGUCGCCGUGACGUUCGAUUCAGCGGGAAAAUAGUCAAUAGAUAUUUGAAAUUUUCGAAAGGAUUGCGAUAAUUGAUUAUUAAAUUAGUGUAAAACAUUUCUAAAAUCGUUCGGAUAUUUAAAGAAUCGUAUAACGAUAAAUUCGUCCAAAUAUGAGUGAAAAAUCGGGAGAUCAACCGGAUGUGGAACCGCGCAACGAAACAAAAGAAGACAAAGUUCCGGAGGAAUUGAAAAAGGCCAUCCUAGUUCAAAGCGUAUCACUGCCCGCUGGUACCCCAACGGUUAAAGGAUACGACUGGAACUCCGGUAUCGACUACCAUGCGUUAUUUCAAAGUUACAAAUAUUCGGGAUUCCAAGCCACAAAUUUCGGCUUGGCCGUCGAUGAAAUAAAUAAAAUGUUGGCGACUAGAAAAGUUCCAUUAACAGAGGAGCAGGAAGACCUCCUCGAGGACGACGAAUUUAUCAAAAGAAAGAGCAGUUGUACAAUAUUCUUGGGCUACACAUCCAAUAUGGCAUCAUGCGGAUUGCGGGAUACCAUUAGAUUUUUAGUUCAGCAUAAAAUGGUGGAUUGCAUCGUGGCAACAGCCGGAGGAGUCGAGGAAGACUUUAUAAAAUGCCUGGCGCCAACUUACCUGGGUGAUUUUCACCUCGAGGGUAAACGGCUCAGAGAAAAAGGGAUAAAUAGGAUCGGAAACUUACUGGUACCGAACGCGAACUAUUGCCUAUUCGAGGACUGGGUGACUCCGAAGCUGGACGCGAUGCUGGCUGAGCAGAAGGAGAAGGGCACCUUGUGGACACCUUCAAAAGUUAUCGCGAGGCUGGGCGAAGAAAUUAACAAUCCCGAUUCGAUCUACUACUGGGCCGCAAAAAAUAAAAUCCCCGUUUUCAGCCCCGCAUUAACCGACGGGAGUCUCGGCGACAUGAUGUACUUUCAUUCAUUCCGUAACCCCGGUCUUGUUUUAGACAUUUUAUCCGAUUUAAGACGCCUCAACACGAUGGCUAUGAAAGCGGUCAACAGUGGCAUCAUCAUACUCGGCGGAGGAGUCGUCAAACACCACAUUUGCAACGCUAAUCUGAUGAGAAACGGUGCGGAUUAUGCGGUAUUUUUGAACACAGCCUCGGAAUUCGACGGCAGUGACAGCGGAGCGAGACCCGACGAGGCAAUUUCUUGGGGAAAGAUAAAGAAGGAUGCCACCCCCGUCAAGAUAUACGCGGAGUCUUCUCUGGUAUUCCCGUUGCUGGUAGGCGAGACGUUCGCUCGUCAAUUUCACUCGGCAAAAGAACGGGCGGUUUCCGAUGUAUGAUCAAAUAAAUUAAUAUUUCUCAACUCGCA